AGCUGGCGUGAGGUGUUGGAGCACACGGCGCAGCGGCUAGCCUGGACGGAUCCUGCCUUCCACCUGCUGCUCCACGACUCCGCCCCGCUGGCAUCAGCAGCAGAUGACAGCCAGGCCACGCUGCUGGCUGACCUGAAGAGCAGCCAGGCGGCUGUGGCCAUUGGCGUCGCCGACGAGGCAGCCGCCGCAGCCCUGGCGUCGCUGCUGGCCGCCGUGCCCACCGCCGUCGCGCUGGGCUCGGCGCAGGCGCUGCAGCGCGCGGCGCGGCUGGACGGGCGCGCCCUGAGCAGUGGCGGGGACGCCGCCGGCGUGGCGGGCCUGCUGCGCCGCCUGUUCCCGGACAAGCAGGCGGCGGCGGAUGAGCAGGUGGCCCACACCGUGGCUGAGCUGUACCAGCGCACCUCCUCCGACGACUUCCUCUUCAUCUUCCUGGUACUGGCCAACUCGUACAUCAAGGAGGUGCCGGCGGUGGCCAUGAGCUUCAAGCAGAAGAAUGCCGGUGUGGAGGAGCUCAAGUGCAUGCUAGGCAAGUGCGGCGGCCAGAUCUUCCGCUGCGUGACCGACGCGACCUGCAAGACGGCGCUGGACUGCCUGCAGGGCUGCGAAUUCAACGACCAGGCAGGAGGGAGCGCAGGAGGGAUGGUGUGCAGCUACCGGUGCAUCACAUCCUACGAGAGCCGGCUGCUGGAAGAGUUCAGCUUAUGCAUCAUCCAGAAGCAUAAUUGCUUUGGCCUCUCGGCAGACAUCCCCAUGGUUCCCGACCCUGCCCCCAUGACCUCCUGGGCCGGCCAGCCGCUGACACAUGAGCUGGCGGAGGACAUCUUCAUCGGCUGGCUGGUGGGUGUCACAGGGCCGGGCUGGUGGACAGCUGGCUUCAAAAACGCUGCCUACGACUUCUUUCCGUGUCAAUUUCAGCUUUUCUACAGAGGCAAAGGCCGGGGAGGCAUGUGGUAUGACCCAGCAUUCCAGGUCAAGACGGUGGAUGGGCGUACGGUGUGGCGCCGCCGCCACUACCGCGUCAAGCGGGAUCAGAAGCCAGGCACCUUCCGUUUCUCGGUGCUGGACAAUGGGGUCACCAGCAACGAGUACUGGCGCAUACUAGAGUGCGACGAGGCACUGGACUGGUGUGUGUUCUACUACAGCGGGGCAGCCUCGCGGGCGGGGCUGAGCUACAGCGGCGCCAUCCUGGCCUCCAAGAGCGGCGACUGGCCGGCCUCGCAGGCGGCGAGGCAGCGCAUCGAGGUGGCCCUGGAUGCGGCGGGCAUCAAGCCGUGGGAGCUCAGCAGUGUGGACAACUCCAACUGCGCGGGCGCGCCGCUGGACCCCGGCCUCAUGGCGCUGGCCUGA